GUAAUUGAGCGAAAGCUAAUUAUACUUUGAAGUCAAACUAUCAGAUAAUUUUAUUAUUACCUAAUUAUCGGUAUAAUAUGAUUUCAUCUUUCUUUAUAACGACGAUAAAAAAGAGAACGAUCGAUAGUCGGAAGUGAUCGAAGCUCCCGGGAGUUCGUUUAAUGUUUAUUAAACGUGAUGCAAGAAAGCGAUACAGUUACUCAACCUUCUUUUAAUCACUGUUCCAACUCAUGAGUCGACAGAAUCAACUGAUUCUUCAUUUGCAGUAUCACAAUUCAACUAUUUAUUAUUAUAUGUCGAACGCAUCAGGCGUAGAUAUUGAAUAAAAGAAGGACAUUCUUUUUUACUAACAAAUCUUUCAGUGCUUUUAAAUGAAAAUUGAGUCAUGCCAUCUGUAAAGGAUUAAGAGGAAUCAUUAGAGGCUUGCGAGUUCGAAAAAUCUAUAUACGAUUAAUGGCAUUACAUUCAGACACGUUAGCAGAUGGUUACGGUGUGAAAGAGCGGGUUGAAAAAUCUUCACGCGCAGAGAGAAGGACGUGCGCCGGAAAGGUAGGUUGACAAGUGCCCGCGUAGACGCGCGUUUCUUUCGCCUCGUGGUACGUAGCGCAUGCCGUGAAAGUUGCGAUACUUUGCGCACGUGCCACGUGCGUUCUGUUCUCCGGAUAUACGCGUGGCAUUACGUCUGCGCCAGACGUUGUCGACUUGACGUCCUUUAGUUUGGUUUGGAUGCACCUUUCUUGCUCUCUUCAAAUCGUCUGACACGUCGCGCCGCUCAUAGCCGCAGUAUGCGUCACGAACAUCGUAGCCACGAAGAACCGUCGAGGGCCGUCAGUUUGACACUCCUGAUCUAGACUAUCGAUGGAAGGGAGCCUAUACCACUUCCUGAGUUACUCACUCACGAGGAACUGCGGUUUUCGAAAGAACCCGAUAAAACCACAAGCCCCUCGAUUGUCCUUGAUAACCAGAUAUGCUGGAUAUUCUCCCCAGUAUCGUUACAGAUGUGGCGAAACGUAUGGCAGUCUCACACACAAAUUACUACUUGAUCCCACAGUGAAUCAUGCGGAAACACUUAUUUUAUCAAACAGGGUUACGGAUGAUUAUGAAGUACAAAGACCACCGAAAAACGAUAUAGACGUCGUAAACGCUCGAUAUAAAAGAACCGAUCCUAUAUUCAUACAUCCGAUACUGCCAGGCUAUGAAGGAUUUACUCCGAAACUCAAGGCAAGAAAUGGACAAAGGUACACGGUGCUCGCAACCGAAGGGCUUGCCGAAUUUGAACAGCAACAAUUAAGAAAUCAAGCGGCUGUUAAUGAACUAAAAAGAGUAAUAGCUACGCAAAGUGGACAGGGUGAACCCAGGAGUUUGGAAGAUCGUUUGCUUUUAAAAAGCGAGUUCAAAUUGCCGAUGCUAUCAGUGCGGCCUGAUUGCGUGGGCGUAAUGAGGAAUUUAUUUGUGGACGAACAAUACGAGUCACCUAGAGAUCACGCUCCGUCACCUUACUUUAUGGACAAUGCGAAUCCAAAGAAAUACUUCAUCAGUCGAUAUGCGGGCCAUAUACCAUACGGAUACGCGCACUUUGGAAAAUCGAACGUACCCGCUACUAACAGUGCUCUUUGCGACUUCACAUCUGAUUAUCGAAAGAGACAAAGCACAGAAUGGGCACCAGUAACAAUUACGCGACCUGAUCCACCGCUUCUAAUUCAGCCAACCACUCUUUAUCAUAAACACGUUGGGAUGCUUCCCAAUUACCUGGGACAUGUCCCUGGAGAAACGUUCAGAUUCGGUAAAACCUUUGGUGCUGAUACUAAAGAUGCAAAACGAUGGCUUCGUGGUGAUUACGCUGCAUAGAUUGCGAAAUGUGACGCAACAGUCUUAUGUAUAAAGAAGAUUUA